GGUGGAGCAGGUGGCGAUGGCUUCCCCGCCAAGCCCUGGGUCCUCUUUGGGGACUCUCAGCUCUGGAGCGAGGGAAAGGCUGCGGCGGGCCGCGGGAAUCCUGGCGCACGUCUGCGGACUAGCCCUGUGCAUGAAAAGAUACAUUGAGAAGAGUUGGGCAGAAGAGUGGGCACUGUUUUACCUGAAUAUGAAGAAUCAUUCAGCUAAUGAACUAUUGUUUACUGUGACUGAUUUUUCUAAGUAUAAUUUGAGCAAAAAGUUUGAAAAACUGAAGACACUGUUGUUCAUUCAGCCUAAACAAAGGAGCCAAGAAAAUCUCAGAGAGAUUCAACAAUGUCUAAAGAAGAAUAGGUCAUUUUGCAGUUUGCCAAAUGAAGUUCAGCUCCAACUUUGCCAGACCGCAAUCUAUGAAGAGUUUGAAGCUGAAAGCAUGGUUCUAAGGCAAGGACAUGCACCCCUUGAAUGCUACUUGAUUCUUGCUGGUCGUUUAAGGGUUGUAUCAAAUAAUACAAACAAGAACAAAAACUCCAACUCUGACAUUUUAAGUGAGUUUGAAGAAGGUGACUUCAUAGGGGAAAUCUGCCUUUUAACAAAUGCCAGUCGGCCUACUUCAGUUUUAUGUGAAACAAAUGUAAAGCUUCUGGUAGUAGGUAAAGAAGAUUUUCACUGCAUUCUUGAACAGAGAGUCCAAGAACAAUACCAAGAAAUGCACAGCUUUCUCAGGAAUCUUCCAUUAUUCUCUUCAUGGCCCAAAGAAAAGAUAGACUUCCUGGUUCAUUGUUCCUUACGCCGAUACUACAGGGCCGGAACAACCAUUAUCUCUGAUAAUUUAAAAUCCUGCUUCCUUGUAUUCAUCACAUCUGGUCGUUGUCUGGUAAUUGCACAGAUUAACUAUGAGAAAAUAUCUGUACCUUCCUGGGUGACGAAGACAGAUUCUUCCACUCUAAAACAUUUUCACAGGGGUCUUCCAUCAAGAAGAACUAGUGGUAUAACUGGGAAAAGCUUAGAAAGAUCCACAGUUUUUCCCAAUACUUCAUUCUCAGCUGCUAGAAAAACAACACUCAACACAAAAAAUCCUCAGCACCAGGGAUCUUCACCAGUAGCAUGUUUUGUCAAGAUAAGAAUUCUGGAACAAGGUGGAAUGUUUGGCUUGGAAGAAACAGUGGACAAAUCUUGUGAUCUUCACCUGUGCCUGGAGCUGUGUUCCUGAGAUCAAGGUCAGAGCUCUUAGGACUCUUGCACAGAGCCUCCUCAUGCAGGGCAUUGCCACAGCAGCGAAGCAUCCUAUACCAUCCAGGCAUCCAGCAUGCCACAGCCAUAAGGUCAUCAAAGACCCCCAAUCUCAGUAACUGCUCUUCCAUGCUCUGUUACUGCUCUCAACAACCCAGCUGCUAUUCAUAUUUUCUAAAUGAAUCCUUUCAUACUCCUUAUGUAGAAUCCAAUCUCUUAAGGUAUUGGCAAGGAAGAUGUCAGAACUAGAUGGACCCAAAUGCCUUUACAGUUAUCACCUGGUCUCCAGAUUAGGCAGAUCAGUCUGUAGCUCCUCUUAUAUGCAAUACAUCCAUGUUGAUUGAUUAGGCCCUUGCAUGGGUGGGGCACAUUUACUUUUUCAAGUCCAUGUUUGAUCCAGUACUACAUUUCCUUUGUGCAUUAGCUUGCUAAGCAUUCCAUAUAUUUUCUCUCUUCUAGAUUAGUCAAGGAGCAGAAUGCAUUUUUAUUUCCAAAAACUUAUUUCUAGCAGAAGCCAGCGCGGAAAACAGGAGAGCAGCAUUAGAGCUGGUUAGCACUUACCCCACAGAGGAGGCCAUUCAGGAGCACCUGGC